AUGAUGACCAGCGCUACCGAGGACGAAAUAUCCGCCCAACCGCAAAAACUGGUUGCUACAGAGCCCAAGGCCAGCCACAAGCGGAAUCUGAGCACAGGGACACCAGACGGCUCUCCAAUUCGACGAUCCAAACGACAAAGAUCAAAUGUCAACCUGAAGGAAGCUUCAUCCUCAGAAGACUCAGAAAAAGAGCCCGACGAAGACUUCAAGCCCAAAAAGGAGACACCUGUCAAGUCCACGCCGAAGAGUGCUCGGGCCAAGAAGACCCAACCCACUUCCUUUAAGAAGGAGGCCGUUGAGGAUAGAGAAUCUGUGUCAACCAUCAAGGAAGACGAGGACAAAUCUGCUCUUAAGACAGAAGAGGACGUCCCCGUGAAGGCUGAAACCAAGGCGGCUGCCACGCAAAAGAAAGCCGCUCCUGCCAAGCGGGCUAGGAAGACCAAAGAAGAGAAAGAAGCCGAAGCCAUGCCGCUGGCUCCGCGAACUCAGGGCUUAAAGAUGUUUGUUGGCGCCCAUGUGAGUGCCGCGAAGGGCGUUUUCAAUUCCAUCCACAACAGCGAGCAUAUCGGGGGAAACGCGAUUGCUCUAUUUCUCAAGUCCCAGAGAAAAUGGGACAACCCACCUCUACAAGAUGACGUCCGAGAUCAAUUCCGUAAGCUAUGCGCCGAAAAGAAUUACGACGCAUCCAAACAUAUUCUCCCUCACGGCUCCUACCUCGUCAAUCUAGCCCAAAAUGACCAAUCCAAGUCCGAUCAAGCCUACAACUCCUUCCUCGAAGACCUCCGCCGUUGCGAAGCCCUCGGGAUAACCCUCUACAACUUCCACCCAGGAAGCACAAACCAAACUCCCCUUCCGGGAGCCCUGGCCCGGCUCGCCUCAACCCUCACAAAAGCUUUAACAGAGACCACAACUGUAAUCCCAGUCCUCGAAACAAUGUGCGGCCACGGCAACACAAUCGGCGGCCAACUCUCCGAAUUCCGCGAUCUGUUUGCCCUAAUCCCAGAAGAACACCACUCCCGCAUCGGCAUCUGCAUAGAUACAUGUCACAGUUUCGCCGCGGGCUAUGACCUUGUUACGCCCAAGGGUUUCAAAGCAUUCAUGACCGAAUUCGACGAGCUUAUCGGAAUUAAAUACCUCCGCGCUUUGCAUCUGAACGACUCCAAGGCUCCACGGGGAAGUAAGCGUGAUUUACACGCCAAUAUUGGGACUGGAUUUCUUGGGUUGCGGGCGUUUCAUAAUGUGAUGAAUGAGCCGCGGUUCGAGGGGUUGCCGAUGGUUUUGGAGACGCCCAUCGAUCGCGAAGCUGAGCCUGAGAGUGAGGGCGAGGGAAAGAAGAAGAAGGGACCUAAGCGGCCGGCGGGUGCUGCGCCGCCUGCUGUUCCGGAUCCAGGUGUUUGGGCUAGGGAGAUCAAGUUGCUUGAGUCACUUAUUGGGAUGGAUCCUGAAGGGGAGGAGUUCAAGGCGCUUGAGACAAAGCUUGCGGAGGAGGGGCGGGAGAUGCGGGAGAAGGGGAUGGAACAGUAUGAGCGGAAGAUGGACGUGGAGAAGAAGAAGGGGGCUAAGGGGAAGGGGAAGCAGAAGAGUCUUGUUGAUAUGAUGAAGGUUGAUAAAGAGGACGAGGGGUGUUGUUGA